AGUCUACCCACGUUCUGGUUGGCACUAAUGCAGCAACGACGACUUCUCUGGGUGUCGUCCAUGUCCUUCCAUCUUCAUUCGGUUGAUGGCGUUAGUGUCAUCAGGUGGCGCCUGCCUUUGCCUGCUCUCGCCUGCCUCCCCACUGGCCUGGACCAUACAAGCGCGGUAUUUACAAGUACCUGCUCUGGAUACAUCCCGGGUAGUCACGACCACCCGCAGCCUCGUGGAAUCAUGCUUCCUUAUUUACUUUUCUCUGAUACUGUACUUGUUUUUCCAUCCGUUCUCUGCUUUAGUUCACUCUGCUCUGACAGCGGUUGCCGUCUUCCUUGAUCCAUAAGGACUGUCAUUCCUUCUUCUCGUCCUCGUUUUUAUCUUUGUUUCUGUCACUCCUUUGCAAUCGAAUCGGCUUUCUUUGGAACUGGUCCAUUUUCUUCUGGGAAGUCUCAGUUGAGGCCUGGAUGUUUGGACCCAAAAACACCAUCUGGAUCCUUCGAAAAUAAUAUCAUCAUGUAUACUGGAGUCACUCGUGGUGCACAAGUCACCGGCAUUGCGGUGAUGGCAUUGUUUCUGACCUGGCUCUCUUUCUCGCUACGAUUAUAUGUUCGAACCCGGCUUCUCAAAUUCUUUGGACGAGAAGAUUGGUUGAUGGUGGCUUCAAUGGUGGGUUACUUGCAAACCGCUUCAAACCCGUUACUAACUUUCCCAGAUCUUGCUCUCUACACUCUGUGCUCUCUGUCUACGGUCGAUUGAUUACGGGCUAGGUGCUCACAUGUACAACAUUCCACCAACGGACAAGGAAAUUGGAUUCAAGGUAUAAAUAGAGCGAAUGGCCUGAGCCAGACCUGUGCUAACAAACUACAGUACAUAUUCAUUUGCGAAUUUCUAUACGUCAGUUGUACAGCAGUUACAAAACUCUCGAUCGGCGUGUACUUCCUUCGUCUUUCUUCCAAGCGGUAUCAGAUAUGGACCAUUUACUCGACUCUUGUUGUAGUCAUGAUGAUCAGCACCAUGUACUUUUUCUUCCUCCUUUUUCAGUGCAUGCCCAUCAAUUACCUGUGGUCUCAAUGGGAGGGUGGACAUGGUAAAUGUUUACAUGGCUCCAUCCUUGCGAAUGUAACAUACGCCCAUGCUACCAUGUCUGCUCUUACAGACUGGGCUUUCGGAAUCCUACCAAUAUUCUUCGUCUACAGAAUGAUGAUGAAUCCAAGAACCAAAUUCUCUAUCAUUUUGAUUCUCUCUUUAGGCUUCUUGUAAGUUUCCCUGUCCCUUGCCUUAAAUUCAUCGCUCGUUAUCCUUAAUGUGGUAAGACUCUAUUUACUGACCCUCAUAUUCAAGUGCAAGUUCUGCCACCAUCGUUCGAAUCAUUUACAUACGAAGCUUAACACUCACCGAUGAUUGGUCUUGGGAGGGAAUCAACUUGGUGAAAUGGUCAAUGGUCGAACCCGCCAUCGCGAUUACUGCAUCCAACAUCGCCACACUCCGUCCACUUGUCAAAGAUUCCUUCUUCUUCGCUAGAAGACGGUUUGAUUCCGAUCUUGACUCAGAUGGACGCCAUUCGUAUGACAGUACUUACACCUCGAAAAGUGAGAAAAGAGUCAGAACGCAGGAAUACAGUGCUGAAUUUGCCGAAAUGCUUGGCCUGACCAAAGUAGGAGUGACCACGGAGAUCUCGGCGAACAAUCAACCAGAGAAAUCUCGCCCCCGACGACCAUUCAGCAUGGCUCGAGAAAAGAGUGACAGCGAGCUGCAAUUAAAUGAAAAGACGGAGGAAAUGGAUUGGAGUUUCAUCACGGCGACAACAGUGGUCACACGCGAAGUCAGAUAACCAAAUUCAUCUCGGAUGGUAACCAAACGGAAGGCGGAUUUUGGAAGUCCAAAGGACUUGAACAACACAACAUAAUUUUUGAAGUGCAAGGAGGCGGGAUAAUCGAAUGAUAUAUGAAGAAGGCCAUUAUGACCGAGCCGAGCAAAGAAGAAAGACGCAAUUCAAGACGAGGCAGAGUUGGGAGACAUUUUGCUAAAUCUGAAUAAUAUGCAGAUGUAAUAGUCUCGAUGAAAUUUCCGAGAAAAAGGGAGGAUAGGUUGUCUUACUCUAUGGGAGGGGGUUACUUACAGUACGAUAGUUUAGCAUGAGCGUGUUUGAUACCUAGUAAUUUAAUACUUUUACCAAAGAG